UGAACAGCUGCGGAUCUGAGGAAUGUGAUGAGUUCAGUUCAGUGUGGAGCAGCUCGAGCUCAACUGCGCAGAAAUGCUGUUUACGAGGAUUCUUCUGGGAUUUUUAUCAAACUUCUCUGCAGAGCCGCUGAUCUUCUAACCGGAUCUGACCCCAGAACUGGAGACCCGCAGAAGAGGAGCUUCUGAAUAACUUUAAUCAGGCUUUCGGGACUGCAGAACCUCUUCACGAUGUCUUUAAACGUGUUAAAGUUUCUCGUGCUGGAGAGUUUUUGUAUUUGGACUGAUCUGAGGAUCGCUGCUGGUCUUGUACAGGAUUCUUUAGGUCUUAUACGCCCCGGCGGGUUACCCCGGGGAGGCCCUCUUCAGCGAGGAGCAGAGCCCGUGGUGGUGCCUGGACGAGCCCCCAGUGUUCACCUGUCUCAGGAGGAGAUCAGGAGGCUGCGCUUUAAACCUACUGUGGGUACGAUCCGACUGUCAGAAGGGUCUGAGGUCAAAUUCAACUGCUCGAUUGAUUAUCGUGACCUGGGACAGGAGCUGAGUAUCCUGUGGUUUAAGGAUGGCCGAGAGAUCCCUGACGGCAUGCUGGCUGAAGUCUACAACCAGGGAACUGUUACGCUCCUGUCCACCAUCAGUAUUAGGAGUGUACAGAGAACAGACGCUGGCGAGUAUCGCUGCAGACUGAGUGUCAGUAACAAAGUGAUCGAGUCGAAUCCCAUCAUCGUUGAGGUAGAGGGUCUGCCAACUUUCACAAAACAGCCGAGUGAUGCGAAUGUAACCCGGAACAGCUCUUUCACUCUCACCUGUGAAGCAGUAGGUCCUCCGAACCCUGUCUUCAUUCAGUGGCUUCACAAAGGCCAGAAAAUGAACCAAACCAGUCCAUCUCCGAGCACCAUUACUGUCUCAGGUGUUGAUGCUCCCACUCAGUACAGCUGUGAGGCUUACAAUGCUAAAGGUGUCACUGUGUCCAAAGAGGCUCACGUCAACAUUAAAGAGCUUCCUGCCAAGGUGUCAGAAGUUGCUGUGGUCAAGCGUGAAUCAAACAAGCUGGUCUUGAGUUGGACUCCUGGACAUGAUGGCUAUUCACCUCUUACUACCUGCUACAUAACGGUGAGAGAGCUUGGCAGAGAGUUGGGCAGCCCCACUGGAGUUCAUAGUGUGACGGUCCCUCCAUUUCUUUAUGAGAUCACUGGUCUGAAGGCCAUGACCUGGUACAACAUGAGUGUCUCCUGCACCAAUGAAAUUGGCCGUUCGCCACCCAGUGCCUGGGUUCAGAGCAACACUACUGAGGGAACACCGUCAGUGCCCCCUCAGAAUGUGAGCGUCCAUGUAAACGAAUCCAUGCUGGUGAUCCGAUGGAAGCCCCCUCCAUCCGACAAGGUGAAUGGAAUCCUGCAGGGAUACGACAUCAUCAUUAAUAAUGGGAAGCACAUAAAUAAGAUUCGCAGCAUCUCUACAGAAGCGGCGGUGUCCAUGCAGGUGUUCAACACCACCUACAGUGUGGAGGUGACGGCGUGCACACAGGCUGGCUGUGGAGCCAGAAGCUCUCGAUACUGGUUCUUUGUGCCAGAAAUUGAGAUAACUUUGUCCCCAUCUUCCAGUCCAGACACACACGGCUCAGACUCGGUGUACGUUGUGUUGGGAGUGGUUUGUGGCUUCUGUCUGCUGCUCCUUGUGAUGUUUGGGGUCAUAUGUCUGCGCAGCCGGAUCCUCGAGAGUCGACUCGGGAGGUUACUUGGAACUGGAGAGAAACUUCCAACCAUUGUUGAGUACACACCUCAGAGAUCCUACAACAGAACAGCCAUCGAAAUGACACUUGCAAGUUUGGGGAUCAGUGCAGACCUUCAGGCCAAGCUUCAGGAUGUGAUGAUCCUGAGAAACCUGCUUGCCAUUGGAAAAGUUCUUGGAGAAGGGGAAUUUGGCUCUGUAAUGGAGGGCCACUUAAAGCAGCCCAAUGGAACUGCUGAAAAAGUUGCUGUGAAGACCAUGAAAUUGGAUAAUUUCUCUCAGAGGGAGAUUGAAGAGUUUCUGAAUGAAGCUGCCUGCAUGAAGGACUUCAAUCAUCCAAAUGUCAUCAGACUAUUAGGGGUUUGUUUGGAAGUAGGUUCAGGCCACUUCCCCAAGCCAAUGGUCAUCCUGCCGUUCAUGAAGUACGGAGAUCUCCACAGCUUUCUGCUUCGCUCGCGGAUAGGAGAAAGUCCGAUGUAUCUGCCCACACAGACUCUGCUGAAGUUUAUGAUUGAUAUUGCACUGGGAAUGGAAUACCUCAGCAGCAGAAACUUCCUUCAUCGAGAUCUGGCAGCUCGCAAUUGCAUGUUGCGUGAUGACAUGAGUGUGUGUGUGGCAGACUUUGGCCUGUCAAAGAAGAUUUAUAGUGGGGAUUAUUACAGACAGGGCAGAAUAGCGAAGAUGCCUGUGAAAUGGAUUGCAGUGGAGAGUCUGGCAGACCGAGUCUUCACUGUGAAAAGCGAUGUGUGGGCAUUCGGUGUAACCAUGUGGGAGAUAGCCACCCGAGGCAUGACUCCAUACCCUGGUGUCCAGAACCAUGAGAUUUAUGACUACCUAUUGGAAGGCCACAGACUAAAGCAGCCUAACGACUGUUUGGAUGAACUAUAUGACAUCAUGUUCAGUUGCUGGUGCGCUGACCCUGUGGACCGCCCAGACUUCACACAGGUCAGGGAGAUGCUGGAGAAGCUGGUGGAGAGGCUCCCCGAGACAUCCGGCAGAAAAGAUAUCAUCUACAUCAACACCAGCUUCCCUGAGGAGGAGCCGCAGACAGAGGCGGCGCUGGAAGGCCCACUUCUCACUUCCUCACCGUCCUGCAGCCGCCCGGCCACGGGCAUAUCAGUCGUAACGGCAGACGUCCACGAGAGCUCCACAGCUGAGGAGGACGACCGUUACGUUAUUGUUAUCUCCUCAGAAGCUGCUGCUGCUGCGGCUCAGCACAGCACUGUAGACACUCCACUCUUAGCCGAGGACAAUGCAGAGCCGCACCGUGCUGGAGCUGCAGCAGAUACCGCAGAGUUCCAGCAGCCGUCCAGUGAUACAACACAUUUACUCUGAGGCAUUAAGUUCAUUCCAGCAGACAAUGCCAUCAAAAACUGACUAAUUCUUUGAUUGAUGAUGAUCAUGUUAUCAGUUGUUUGAAGACUGACUGAAAUGAAAACCUGCAGCCACACCAGCCUGGGGGUGGGACAGUGUAUCAAUGUUAAGAAAUAUCAUAUUGUUUAGAUUGUAUCAUAUAGUAUUGAUACGUGGCAUCAAAUAUGGAUAUUUUUGUUUUUUGAACAUAGGCGCUCUAACUCCCUAAGACUCGCCCCCAGUUUUUGUCACUGCUUCAUUGCUUCAUAUGGUGGAGGCAUUAAGGUAAUUCCAGAGGAAAAUGGCGUUUAAAAUCAUUAUUUUAUUCAGUUGAGUUACCUCCAGGUGAGAAGCUAAUUCUGCAGCAUCUGCUUGAUUACCACAGACAAUAAUUUAACACAUUUAUUUUCCAUUUAAAACUGUAUUAUUACAGAGCAUAUGCACUUUCAGUAUCUGCUGCUCUUCUACUCGGUCAGCAUAUUUGGAAAAAUGCACGUUAGUGAUCAGGUAGGGAUGAAUGGAGCAAUUUAAAGAGUUUUUUUUUUACGAUUUUUAAGGGGGCAGGGAGCAGCGAUUAGGUUAGUCUUUGGACUUUACAGCAUUUUAAAUUGAGAUUUCCCACUAAAAGCAAAAUAUAGUCUGCUAUAUGUGCCUAUAUGUCACUUCUAUUGAGUGUCAACUCCUGGAAAGUCACUAUAAAUGACUCUUAGGGCCCUAUCGUACACCCUGCGUAAGGCACAUUGCGAUGCUCUUUGCUGUCUAACACCCAAUCAACAGUCUAUUUUUUUACACCUGUUUCUGCGCCGUCAAAAUAGUGUCAGAGUUAAGGAAUAAAACUACACUGAUGGGCGUGGUGAUCUGGAAGUGAGGUGUGUUCAGGUAAAUAUCUGGCGUGUUUCUAUCUUGGUGACAGAAAACACAGGUGGCCACAGACUGAUUUUUACCCUGACAACAGUCAAUAGUCACCCGACCAUACCUAUCUCCUUAGCUACGCAGGUGCUCCAUGUGCAAGGCGCGUGCUCAGCAUGUGUACACCCCUGCUCCUAACACACAAACGGAUGCUCUGCAGUGUGCAAAUUCAGCUUUUACAUCAACAAUAGACAGAAUAAAAUAGCAUUGCUGUUCCUGUAAAUUACUUGCUGUCACACCUUUACAGCGUGAACUUGCAGGUCAGUUUCCGCUGGGCUGUUAAGAUGUCAAUGUGCCAAAGUCAAAGUGCACCUGACCCUUAAAGGUAAUGACAACUGAACGCUGAUUGGUUUAUGUCCCGCUACUCCCAAAACACACCCAUAAUUAAUUCAGAGAAUUAGUUAAUGCCUUUUACAUGUUUCAAGCUGCACAAGGCAUGCUUUUUGCAUCCGACGCACCCUAAAUCCAGCUGUGCAAUGCGCAAUUAAGCCUCUUGCCCAUAGAUCGCUAAAAUAGGGCUCAUAGUGUGGAAAAUGCACAAAUUUAUUAUUAAUUUAGGUGGAGAUACAGAUGCAACAGAGGUUUUAACCUCAUGGUGAUGCAAAAGCCAGGGGUUAUACUGCAGUGGCUAUUUGCUGGACAAUUUAAUUGCUUCAACGAAAUGCAAGAAGUAUCUGUCUAAAACUGUAGAAAGGUCAUUUAGUGUUUUACCAGCUUACACCAAAAAAAGGUAAAAUAGAUUGAUUGCUAUUAUACUGCUCAUAGAGCUUUAUUAGUGAUUGUAAUUGUGAUUUAGACCACAAAGAAUACAAGCAAUAUCCUCAAGGGCCUAAACCAAGAGUAUAUAAUAGAAAUAGUUACUGAAAUUGCAGAUUUGCACAGGAUUAUAUAACAUGGGGCAAAUGCUUUUAUUUUCUCUUUAAGGACGUUUUCACACCAGGGUUUGUGUGUUUGUUUCAUUGUAUAAAUUUGGUUAGUUUUAGUUUCACACUGCAGUUUAUUGAGUGGAUUAAAGAACUUUAAUACAUUUAAUUCAUCAUCCUCUAUGUGGGGGGAGUUUCCCUAUACAUCCCUAUACUUUAUAAAUAAGGCUUUGUGGCCUUUCUUACCCGCUAUUUUGGUUCAAAAAGCCAAAAAAAGCAGGUGUGAAAACAACCUGAGCUUGUAGUAAUGUCAACAUGAGAAUCACCUGUAAUAACUACAUUACUGUAUUGUCCCAUGGUAUUCCCAAAUGAAUGGUAUAUUCUUAAAAAUAAUUAUUAUAUAUUUUUAGAAUAGUUUUUUUCUAAAAAUACAUAAGAACUGUUUGAAAUUUAAAGAACCUUUACAUGAUGAAAGAAUCAUAAAAUUGUAUUUUAGCCUUGUUGCUUUUCUGUAUGUAUUUGUGUGUAUUCUGUAUCCAAACAUUGUAAUAGAUAUCUAUCAGGUGAAGUCUUCAUUCUAGAGCAAAGUCUAAACAUUUGGUAGACCAUGACAAUGAUGCCUAUGAUGAAAUAUGGCCAGUAUUAUAAGGCAUUAAAUGUUGUAGAUUUCCAGAGGGAAAAUUCCAACAUGUUUUUUUCUUAACUCUGCAUUUCUAGCAUAUUUUAUGUAUGUAUAUGUUUAAAUGUGUAUAUUAGGUAUGUUUUUGUAUAUAUGUUGUACAUAGGUACGUCAACAUGGUCCAGAUGUGUAUAUUACUGCUGUCAUGCAAAAAUCUUGGUUUGUCAUUAUCAUUUGUCAAGUUGAAUUAUUCAAAAGUACUUGGAAUUAAAUCUUUUUAUGUUGAUUUCCACUUAAAGUGAGGAAAAUAUAUUUUUUUCCAUUUUUGAAAAGUUGCCAUUUUGGAGAUACAAGAUUUUUCGCGUGACAGCACAGGGUUUUAUUUCAUUAAACAGAAGUUGGAGAACAUUUAUGCAGAAGAUUUUAAAGAAAUGUCUGAAGAGCUUUUUUUAUAAUUGUACCCAUUACUACGGUACCCAAGUGUGAAGUUAUAUAAAAUAAAUGUGUCCUUUAAACAUUUGAGUGAAAUUAAUUGUGGUUAUGCAUGUUUUGCUUAAUAAAGAGAUGUCAACAUUA